AUGUCUUACAACAAGGGCGACAAGGACUUCGGCGAGGCCCCCAAGGUCCACAAGAUCCGCAUCACCCUCUCCUCCCGCAAGGUCAAGUCCCUCGAGAAGGUCUGCAACGAGCUCCUCGAGCGCGCCAAGACCAAGGACCUCCGCGUCAAGGGCCCCGUCCGCCUCCCCACCAAGACCUUGAAGAUCACCACCCGAAAGACCCCCAACGGUGAGGGUUCCAAGACUUGGGAUACCUAUGAGAUGAGGAUCCACAAGCGUCUGAUUGAUCUUACUGCCCCUACCGAGGUCGUCAAGCAGAUCAUCGUCAACAUCGAGGCCGGUGUCGAGGUCGAGGUUACCAUUGCUGCUUAA